GUUUAUGGGCAAAGUUUAAUUCCUUCUUAUUUUAUCCUGUUAUAUACAAUUUUUAUAGAAGGUCCUUGAGAACACAUUGAAGCAACCAGAAGCAGGGCAAUAGAUUUCCGACCCCGGCCAUUGCAAGUGUCAGCCACUUGGCUUCGACGGACGGGUUUUCACUGGAUGGAGCCAAGGCUCGAUUCAAAGCUUCUUGGAAUUUUGUUUUUAUUUGGACUUCGAUGUUGUUAGGGUCUUAUGUAGUCGGAACUCUCCUGGUUUUGUUAGUCAAAAUCCGAUGGAAGCCGUAGCUGAAAACCAUAGCAUCACGCUCCCAACAAAACCCCCAAACCAACCGCACUCAAACUCAAUCCCCCACAAUCUCCAACCCCAGCGGUUUCGUACCCACCUUGAUGCGCCUGAUAUUUCCCCGACGGCCCGAAUCCUCUGCGACCUCCUCUCCCGAGCCUCUCCUCACGAUGUUGAAACUGCGCUCUCCUGCACCGGUAUCACGCCCACUACGGAGGUCAUCCAGGAAGUCCUCAGCUUUUCUUACAACCAACCCUCCUCCGCCAUCAAGUUUUUCCGCUGGGCCGGCCGCUACAUCAAGCCCUCUGCUUAUGCCUGGAAUCUCAUGGUCGAUUUGCUUGGAAAGAAUCAAAUCUUCGAACCCAUGUGGGACGCUAUUCGCUCCAUGAAGCAAGAGAGUCUUCUUUCAGUAGCAACAUUUGUUUCUGUUUUCGGAAGCUAUUGUACUGUGCAUAGGUUUAGUGAGGCUACCAUGAGUUUUGAUGUCAUGGAUAAAUACGGUGUACAACAAGAUGUUGUCGCUGUCAAUUCACUUCUCAGUGCCAUUUGCCGUCAGGACAAUCAGAUGUCAGUUGCACUAGAAUUUUUUGAUAGGAUCAAGACGAAGAUCCCACCUGAUGGGGAUACAUUCGCCAUUUUGCUAGAAGGGUGGGAGAAAGAAGGCAAUGUGGCUAAGGCCAAGAACACUUUUGGCGAGAUGGUGAUCAGAGUUGGGUGGAGUCCAAUGACUACAUCUGCUUAUGAUGCAUUUUUGACCACGCUUGUUCGUGGGGCACAAGCUGAUGAGGCUGUCAAGUUCUUGCAAGUUAUGAAGGGGCAUAACUGUUUACCAGGUUUGAGAUUUUUCUCUAAUGCACUUGAUAUUCUUGUCAAGCAGAAUGAUUCAACCCACAUUAUCCCCUUGUGGGAUACAAUGGUGGGUGGUGGGCUGGUGCCCAACUUGAUUAUGUACAAUGCAGUGAUUGGUUUGGUAUGCAACAACAAUGAUAUGCAUAAUGCCUUUCGAUUACUUGAUGAGAUGGUGUUCCACGGAGCUUUUCCUGAUUCUUUGACUUACAACAUGAUUUUUCAAUGCUUGGUGAGGAACAAGAGGGUUUGCGAGGUGGGAAAGUUCUUUGUUGAGAUGAUCAAGAAUGAGUGGCCUCCAACAAGUUCUAAUUGUGUUAUGGUUAUUAAAAUGUUGUUGGAGAAUGAUGACCCUGAAAUGGCAAUUGACAUAUGGAAUUUCAUGGUUGAAAAUUGUGUCUCACCUCUUGUGGAAAGUGCAAAUGAGUUGCUCAUUGGGCUUUCUAACUUAGGUAGAUUGUCAUGGGUGGAAAGGUUUGCUGAAGAAAUGCUUGAUAAAAGGAUUAACUUAUUUGAGUCAACAAUGGAGAAGUUAAAGAAUGCUUUCUUCAAAGAGGGCAGAACUUAUAGAGAUAAGUAUGAUAGUCUUUCAAGGAGAUGGAAAGUUGCACAGAUGUAAUGGUGUUAUGGUAGGAACUUCUUGUCAUGUAUUUUUGUAUAGAAAUUUCCCCAUUAUUUCUUUGCUUUCGUUUGAUAACACGUAGAGUGGUAGUCAUUAAUGAAAUAAACUUUCUCGAGUAAAA